CCGCGGUGCUCUGUGACAAGACCGUUAGGUUUUCUUGCACACUAAAAAAACUAACAGCAUUAUAACAGCAUUUAUGUACGCUGAUUCUUUUAUGCCGUUAUUUAUGCUGUUAUAUUCACGGAUAUGCUGUUAUAUUCACGGAUACAAAAAAAAUGGUAGAGGCAAAACAAUUUUGGCGUUAUUUUGGUGUUAUGUUUGCCGUUAUAUUAUGGUGUUAUAUUAUAGUGUUAUAUUUAAAGAUAUUUGCUGUUAUAUUUGCUGUUAUUUUUACUGAUGGUUUUGCAUUUAUACUUGCUGUUAUAUUUGAUGUCACACGUGACAGCAAAUAUAUAAGCAAAAUAUCAUUGCAAUGCUGCCACAUUUUGGCAUAUUAAAAUAAGAAGUUUUGAAACUGACACGUUAGUUUCUAAAGCAAUAGCACGAGGUGGUAAAAGUGAAAAAAAAAUGAAAGCAAUUAAAGUUAAUUUUAAAGAAAACUCUGAAAUAGUUAUUGCCAGCAGCAGUAAUUUUUUUGAAUUUUGUGCAGCUGUUCGUGAAACCUUUAAUUUGCCCAUGAUUGAAGAAGUCAAGUGGAACAGCUGUAAAGUAACUGCUAAUAGCUUUACUGCUCUUCUUAAUGAACAAAAUUUAGAGCUUACUAUUCAAGCUCCACAACUUGUUAAUAUACCCAACUCUCAACAAGUUGGGUUUUUACCUGAUUUAAAUAAAGCAGACACAGCUCAAUCAUCUCCAUUAUGCCAAUUUUCAUCUCUUUUAAAUGAUUAUGUAGAUUUUGUGGUACCACCAAAGAAAAUAAGUUGGAACUCGGAAAACCAAUAUAUGGCUGAAGAGAGUUGUGUUCAUGUUAUCCAGCCUCCAGUAAAACAACUAUCUUCAUCAGUUGCACCAAAUGGUGUAUCUGAAAACACCCCCAAACUAUUGUAAAACUACAACUUAUAGUCAUAUGCUUCAUCACUUAAAACUGCAUGGUAACCAAGCAGCCGUUUUUUGUGAAAUUUGUUUAUCAACAUUUAAAAGCCUUUCAGGUUUCCUAAAGCAUUCCAAAAAAUGUUCCAAAAAUCAGAACAAUAUCUGUACUAUUGAAAAUGAAAUAGAAAACAAGGUUGUAAAUCAAGUUGGUAUCACAAAAAUUAACGAAGAUUAUUUAGGAGCUUUGGCAUUACAUUUACAAGGAAAGUACAGAUGUGCUCAAAAUGUUUUAAACAUAAUUUUCAGUAAUUUAAAGGUGAUGCUUUCUGUAUUUAAUAUUGACAUAGAAGCUUUAAAAGCAACUUGUGAUAAACUGUCAACACAAUAUUUAAGGGAAAAGUAUUACAAGAAUAAUUUACAGGCUCCAACUCCAAAAGUAAUUGGUCUGAAUAAGCAAGGUUGUAUAAUUCCUUUCAUUGAAAUGUUGUCUUUUUUAUUACAAUCUCAAGAAAUUAAUGACUUCACAGCAGUGAAUAAGAACACAAACCAUAUGAAAAUUGGAAUAUAUUGUGACAACCUUGGAAUAACAAAUCCUUUAGGAAAGGCGCGUAAAAAGCAAAAAAUGUUUGUUUUUUACUUUCAGAUUUUAAACAUCCCUUCAUUGUAUUGCGGUAGAAUGUCUACUAUCUUUCCAUUAAUUUUUACUCUUACUAAAUGGGUAAAAGAUAAAAAUUUUUACAGCAUUCUUUUUAGUGAUUUUAUUUCUUCGAUAAGCCAGCUGGAAAAUGGAAUUGUUAUUAAAGUUAUGGGUAUUUCUAAAAAAAUUACAGCUGAAGUGGUAUACUUCUCAGGUGACUCUCUUUCUGCAAAUGCGAUUGGAGGUUUUAAAGAAGGCUUUAGUGCAAAGACAUUUCGCUGUUGCAGAAGUUGUAACUCAACCAGACAACAAAUGAAAGAUUUUUCUAACCAUGAAGAAUGCAAUAUUCGAAAUGCUGCUGAACAUAUGACACGUGUAACAGAACUAAAUUCUGGUUUAAGCAAACCUGAUAAGUUAAAAUGGUCUAAAUACUAUGGCAUUGUUUCAAAAAGUAUACUAUCGAACAUUCCAGGAUUUGAUGUGACAAAACAACUUUUAUUUGAUCCUAUGCACGAUUUGUUGGAAGGUCUCAUUCCACUUCAGUUAGAAUUAUUUUUGUCAUACGCCAUUCAAAACAAUUUUUUUACUCUGCAAGAAAUCAAUGAUUGGUUGCAAGGGUUUAGCUAUGCUAAUGGUAUUGAAAAACCUAAUAUGAUACAUUCAUCAAUACAGAUUCAUGGUUGUUUCAGCAGUGGGCAAACUUUGACUCUUUCUUGUGUUAUAUCAUUUUUUAUCUUGGAGCACAUGGAUCAAGCAGAUGCCCAUUUCAUGUGUUUGUCAAAACUUAUUCAAGUGCUUCAAUUGUGUUUGUCGCCUAUUGUUACUCCCCUUUUUUUAUCUGAUUUAAAAGCAUUAAUUCAAGAUCAUCAUCGCUUAUUUUUGUGUUUGUAUCCUAAUAAAUUCAUUCCAAAGUUACACUUCCUUAUUCACUACCCUGCUCAAGCUAAACAGUUUGGGGCUCUACGGGAACAUAUGUGUAUGGCUAAUGAAAGAAAACAUCAAGUUGUGAAGAAUUUUCGACACUUCAACUUCAAGAACAUUCCAUAUUCAGCAUGUAAAACGAUGAUUAUUAAUACAGCAAGCAAUUUUUUUAAUGGAAAAAGACGGGGUGAUGUAUAUGGACAAGUGGACGAGUUAAAGUUUAAGAAAGGCUCUAUUAUUUCUGUUAAGGUAAAUGGUAUAAUUUACAAGAUUGGUGAUAUUAUUUCAUGCCUACAUGAAGAAAAGUUGAUAUUCUACAAAAUCUUUUCAAUAUCAUCAGAAAAUGACAAGCGGGCUUUUAAAUUCUCUAAACUUAUGGUACAAGGACACUCAGCAUAUUUGAUAUGCUAUGAAUCUUCAGAACAAGUUGUCAUAUAUCCAGAUACUUUGAUAUUUCCUUGGUGCACCAUCCAAUAUUCUAAUUCUUCAAGUUCUAUUUCAACAGUUCCUUUUGAUUCUGAUGAAGUUUCUCACCUGAGGACUUUUUUUAAUACAUCUACUUUGAACUUUUUAAACAAUGUUGCGACAAAUGAUAUUUUAAAAAAAGAGCUGAAAAAUAAUAUUCUUCAAUAUUGUCAAGUUGCUCUUCCUUCAGACAAUGAUCCAUGGGUUCGGAGAGAGUUUUUUUCCAAACUUAAGUCAACACUACUUUUUAAUUUUCCAAACUGCUUGGAACACUGGGAUUCGCUUUUAAGCCAGGUAUCAAACAUAAUUAGGCAACAACGUUGGACUAAAAGUCAUCCAAUUUUAAAUGGAUCAGUAAGUAGACAGUUUCAGCAGAUUUCAAAACCUAAAAGGUCUCCGUAUAUCAUGGAUUCAUUAUCUAAAGCUGAACCAGUGCUUUCAGAAGACCAGCUUCUUCUUGAAGUUGAGAAUGAACUGAUAAAAUCAAAACCAUCUAUUAGUGUUCUCGCAAUUUUGAACAGAAAUCUUUUUCAACCAAAAGUAUAUGAAAAACUCCCGCUUCGAUUGUCACUGUCUCCAUGUUUAAUAAUUGGUGAGUUUAAGCGCUUUUACCCUCAGUAUAGUAUCGAAGAAGCGUGUACGUUUUUUGUUAAUAAAGCAUUUGCAGGAUCUUCAAAUCACCUUGAAAGUUUGCUUGAUUUACAAUGCAAAAUAUGUUCCAAAAAAGCAAAGGUUGUCUUGUUUAAGAAAUCUGAAUCUGAUGAUCUGCUCGAUGAGUUGAAGAUACCUGCAAAGUACGGUCCACAAGUUCUGUAUAAUUCAACACAAUAUGGCGUUCGCAGUAGAUCAGGAUGCGAAAUGAUCAACACAGAUUUACGUACAAUUAAAGAGGUUUUAUGCGUUAUUGUUUGCAUAUACUAUUUGUUAGAUCUCUCUUAUCCAUCUUCUUUUUCACAACUGCCUUUCCCAAGAGAUGUUGCUAAAUGAAUGCUUUGAAAAAAAAUCAAAGAAGACUUGCUCUUAUAUUUCUCAUAUAAACAGUUGACUAAAUUUUUUGAUGUUAUUAAGUAACGCUUAUUGUUUACUUUAUUAUUUUAUUAAAUGUUUAAUUUUAUAUUUAAGUUGUUACUUUAAAAAAGUAAACAAGUUGGGAUAUAAAGCUUUCUUUGAAAUAAUUGAUUUUGUAAAGCUUUGACUUCGUAUUUAUUGACACAUCUUUAAAAAUUUUGGUUUGAGCAGUUGCAUAAAAAUUUAUUUGUAGAUUCUUAUCAU